AUGCGCCCAGGAUCUCUAUUGGCGCAAUUGGCCCUGGCCUCAUCUGCUCAUGCCUUCUUCCCUUAUAGUCCGAGCUGGCGUGUCGAUGUAGGACAAAGGCGUAUGGCUCGAAGUCCCAAGAGUGUGGGCAAUGGUGGUGGUGUACGUAUGGAUAUCAAGCAAAGAUCACCUCAGUCUAGCCAACCGAUAACUGAGAGAGCAGCUCACGAAGCAGCACGAUUGAUCGCCAAAUAUGCUGGAGGAGGCAUCCCUGACACCAGUACGCUGCUCAAGCGUGAUAACAAAUACGAUGUCAUGGAGGCCACAGAAUCGACAAAGAAGCACACUCAGGGUGUUGACCAGGACGGAACUGACUAUUCAUACUUCAUCGAGGUCGAGGUUGGAUCGAAAAAGAAGACGAUGUACAUGCUUAUCGACACUGGCGCUGGAUCGAGUUGGGUUAUGGGCACUUCUUGUUCCAGCAAAGCGUGUCAGAUGCACAAUACAUUCGGCGAAGGCGAUUCGGACUCACUCGAAGUAUCAAAAUCCGACUUCAACAUUGCAUAUGGCUCUGGAAAGGUCUCUGGUACCUGGGCAACCGACACAAUCACCGUGGCUGGCAUGAGCAUCAAUUAUCAGUUCGGAUUGACGCAUACGACCUCGGACCAGUUCAUCGAAUUCGCUUUUGACGGCAUUCUUGGUCUCGCCAUUAACAAAGGAUCCGACAGCAACUUUCUCAAUGCCCUGGCCAAGUCUAAGGAAGUCGAAAAGAACAUGUUCUGCGUUGCUCUGAACCGUGCAGCUGACGGUACAAACGAAGGAGAAAUCAGCUUUGGCUCACCGAAUCCCGACAAGUAUUCCGGCAAGAUCACGUAUACUUCUAUCGGCGAAGACAAUGACUGGGCUAUUGAGAUCGACGACAUGGGCUACAACGGCAAGAAGGCAGAUAUCGGUGGCAUCCGCAGCUUCAUCGACACGGGAACAUCUUUCAUGUUUGGAUCACCGGACAACGUUAAGAAGCUCCAUGCUCUUAUCGAUGGAGCCCAGAGCAACGAUGGCACCACAUAUACUGUUCCUUGCGACAGCAACGGCAACUUGACCGUGACUUUCUCUGGAGUCGACUAUGUCAUCUCCCCAAAGGACUGGGUUUCUCCUCCUAACAAGGAUGGCAAAUGCACCAGCAAUGUCUACGGUUUCGAGGUUGUGAAGGGAGCAUGGCUCUUGGGCGACACCUUUAUCAAGAACGUCUAUGCCGUUUUUGAUGCGGACGAGCGCCGAAUUGGCUUUGCUACCAACGCUAUUACGGAUGGCUCAAGCACCGACAGUGAAGACAGCAGCUCUUCAACAAAGACCAUGACCACCACCAGUGAAGCGACCACAACGUCUGACGACACCGAAGAGACUGGCAUCACAACCACCUCCGGAUCAAAGGCAACUGCAGUGCCAGACAUGGGUCUUGGUAAAGAAUCUGUCUCAUCUGGCACAGCCACUGCUGAUUCAAGCGAACCUACCGAAACAAAAGACUCAUCAGCACCUUCAGGGCCACUAUCACAAUCCCGCUUCACAUUCAUUUUCUGUAUAGUACCAUUUUUCGCCCUCCUGGCAUAG